AAUAGAAAACAGGAAUCUAUUCAGUCAGUAGUUUACGCCUGUAGAAAGUGUCAUGUUGACUAGGAGCGAUUGAGCGAGUCUUCUUGAUAGGAGUUAAUAAUAGUGUUUUAAGCAUGCAGUUGUUUAAAGCAAUUCUUCUGGCAUAUGUCUUUUAUUUUAGAAAGGAUUCUUCUAAAGACAAAAGUGUUCCUGUGAAUAAUAAUGUAGGACCUACCACUAAUACGAAUGAGGAUGGAGCAAUUACUAAUAAUUGGGUUCUCAAUCAGGAAAUACACAGGCCAAAGAAUCUAUCAAAUUCGAGACUCAAAAGAGUAGCAGACAUGGCAAAUUUAACAGAAUUGAAGGCAAUCCUUACUCCAAUUCUUGUCCCACGAGUUGCAGGAACACCGGGCAAUGAAGCUGUGAGAAAUCAUAUUAUAGGUCGAUUACAGAGCUUACCUGGGUGGCAUAUAGAAUCUCAUUCAUUUACAGACACAGCUCCACAUCCAUUUCGAGAGACUAAUUUCACCAAUAUUAUAGCAACGCACAACAUCAAUGCCCCUCGUCGACUGGUAUUAGCGUGUCACCAUGAUAGUAAAUAUAUGGAACCGGAUACUACUGGUAAAAUGUUUGUGGGGGCGACAGACUCUGCAGUACCAUGUGCUAUGCUUAUUCACUUGGCGGAGAACCUUCAUUCAUAUAUUGCAUCAAAGUCGCUUGAUUUCUCUGUAAGUUUUGUCUUUACUUCAGGCGUUAAAAUCCUACAUCUGAUUCCUGUACCAUUUCCAAAUCAUUGGCAUAAACUUACGGACGACGAAAGUAACUUGCAUUAUCCAACCAUUAUGAACUUACAGAAAAUUGUACAAGCAUUUGUAGCUGAGUAUAUGCGCUUAGAUGUCUAAUUCCAUUUGAACUACCAAUAGCACCAUGCUGAAAUUACAUCAGAAAUAGGCAUAAAGUUAUAAGAUUCAUUGCAUAUUAUGCAAUACCUGAGAAGAAAAAAAAAACAUGUCCAAAUGGAAAUAUCCAAGGGUGUAUACCACUUGGCCUCAUAGCUCAGUUGGUAGGGUGUCUGAACGGUAAUUAGAAGGUCUGGGGUUUUAAUUCCAAAUGGGACAAUACAUUUUUCUCAAAAAUGUAUUACCAUUAUAUAUCACCAGUUGAGUUGCAACUCCAUACAUAAGUUACUGUCAUGGGCUUUCAUAAAGUUAUGUUUAGUUGUAUUUAUUUAUUUAUUCAAAAAUAUCUUUUUUUUUUUUUGGUAACUGUUGCAAAUAUUGGUUUGUGUCCUCCUUUUUCAGAGCCUUCCUUCCAACUCCAUAAUUCCACAAUGACAUUAAAAUGAUAGCAAAUGUUUUAUAGUUUUGUUUGUUGGAAUGUUUAUUGUUGAUAUGGGUGGGCGUGCACUUAAGCCCUGUCCAGACUAUCAAAUUUCAUUUAACAGACUGUUGUAUGCCCAUAUAUAGUCAUGAUGUGGCUAUAUAUGGUCAUGAUAUGAUGUCAUCAUGACCAUAUUUAGGCAUGUCACAUGUUUUUGUCAAAUAGAAUUUGACAGUGUGGACUAUGUUACAUCAAAUGAGAAAGAAAGAAGUUUUCUAGAAAAUACAUACAUAACAAAAACAAAAACUGCUGUAUGCCCAUUUAUAGUCAUGAUGUGCCUAUAUAUGGUCAUGAUGUGAUGUCACCAUGACCAUAUUUAGACAUGUCACAUGUUUUUGUCAAGUAGAAUUUGGUAGUCUUGACAAGCUUUAAAAAAGUGAAAAUCAACAGUAAAAUAAGAGAAUCAACAGUAAAAUAAAUCCUGCAUAAGGCCAACAUAAAAUCUUUGCUAUCAUUUUAUUAUUUAUAUAUGCAAUUAUAUGCACCAGCACCAACAUAAAAUUUUUGCUAUUAUUUUAUUAUUUAUAUAUGCAAUUAUAUGCACCAACAUAAAAUCUUCGCUAUUAUUUCAUUAUUUAUAUAUGAAAUUUUAUAAACCAACAUAAAAUUUUUGCUAUUAUUUUAUUAUUUUUAUAUGCAAUUAUGUACACUAUAAAACUUAACUGUCUUAUACCAUACAGUAUAGCAAUUUUCUGUAAUAUAGUCUUUCAUAUAUUUUGAGUAUUUUGUACAGUACUUUGGUUUGAAGUAUUUUUUAAAAGUAAAUCUCUCUAAUACUAGAAUCUUUAAGUUCUUGAUCUAAACAUGCAGGUGUCAUAAAUAUAAGAAAAGAAUAUCAAAAUUAUGUUACUUUAUUAGUUAUAUAUUUAUUCUGACACAGGACACAGUAAUGUCUUACAUAAUAAUGAUAGUGUUUAUGUGUGAAUGGUAUUUAAUAUUAUUGGUAUUAUUAUCAACAGGUAUUCCUUAUUACAGUACUUCUACUCGAGUAAUGAGAAUAAUAGUAAUGUAAUUUCAGUUUGUUGAUAAAUUGUGAGACGGUAAUGAAAAAUCACCCUCAAGUUUAAACUAGGUCAAAGUGACAGAUCCAGGGGAUGACAAAAGGGGAAAUUACCCCCAGCAGCAGCCAGAAAAUUGCUGUGUGAAAUCAUUUAGAUACAAGAUUGAAUUGGCUCCGAAGCUUCCAGGUAUGGGGACACCCCGUACCACAGAACCUUCUCAUAGGGCAUGUUUCUACUGAUAAACACAAAAUAACCGCUUUUUUAAUGAGUGUGCAGUUUUAGCUUGUAGGAUUAGGACAUGAACAAAAGGAAUAAUCAUUUUGAAAGUUCACGCGUGAUACAAUCUCGCUUUGCAGUGGUUUAACCUGGAGGUCACAUUUCACCUGAUAAUCGCUUUUUGUGUUGCAGCUAUCCUUUACAUGUUUUUAAUCGAUUUUUUUUUAAUCGCUUUUUUGCGAACUGUACCCGUUUCUACAGGGAGAAAAAAAGCAAUUUUAUUUUAUUACACUGCAUUUUAAGAUUUUUUGAAGGCAGACUUGGGAAUUUUAGAGAUUUAGUUAACAUCUUUCUUUGUUGGACAAGAGAAUAAAAGAUAUUUUACUACAAA